UCUCGCAAGGUUCAUCGGAUGUGUUCAUGUUAUUCUGAUUGGUUCUCGUUAUUCCUCUGUCUCUCUCUGUGUCUCCUUUCGCUUCCUUCCUCUGUUUCGUUUCAUUAUUACAAUCUCAAAACAAAAAAAGUUAUUACACUUUAACGUGGGUCCUUCAACCUCUUGAAGGACCCCGCCAUUGUUAAUCCCCUCGAUAAAAUCCAUUUUUAACUGUGUUUUAGGCCUCUUUAGAUUCUUACAAUCAUGAAUUGUUUCCCGUGUUUCUCUUCAAAGAGGAACAGAAACCCUCCUUGUAAUAACGAGACUAACGAACACGAUGAUCACAACGACUUCAGACCACCUGUGGCGGCGACGAAACGUAUUGAGGAAAUAGAAACAGAGCAAACGCCGCUUAAAACGUUCAAUUUCCGGGAGCUAGCGAUGGCGACCAAGAACUUCCGGCAAGAAUGUCUUAUAGGAGAAGGUGGCUACGGUAGGGUUUACAAAGGAACCCUUCAAUCUACUGGCCAGUUGGUAGCUGUGAAGCAGCUAGACAGGCAUGGACUACAAGGUACCAAAGAGUUUCAAACUCAAGUCUUAUCAUUAGCUAAACUCGAACACCCGAAUCUCGUCAAGCUGAUAGGAUACUGCGCUGAUGGAGACCAACGGCUUUUAGUCUUUGAAUAUGUCACUGGAAGUUCCCUUCAAGACCAUCUCUACGAGCAAAAGCAAAGUCAGAAGCCUAUGGAUUGGAUAACGAGGAUGAAGAUUGCGUUCGGUGCAGCGGAAGGAUUGGAUUACUUGCAUGAUAAAGUGAACCCACCGGUGAUAUACCGUGAUCUGAAAGCUUCUAACAUCUUGUUAGACGAUGAGUUUUUCCCUAGGCUUUGUGAUUUUGGUUUGCAUUUUUUAUCGCCUGGGGCUGGUGAUAGCUUGUUUCUUUCUUCAAGGGUUAUGGACACUUAUGGUUACUCUGCUCCUGAGUACACUCGAGGAGACGAAGUCACAAUCAAAUCUGAUGUUUAUAGCUUUGGGGUUGUGCUGCUUGAACUCAUCACCGGUAGAAGAGCUGUUGACACUACUAAACCUAAUGAUGAACAGAACCUAGUUGCUUGGGCACAACCGAUAUUUAAAGAUCCAACGAGGUAUCCGGAUAUGGCAGAUCCUCUAUUGAAGAAGAGGUUCUCAGAGAGAGGGUUGAAUCAAGCAGUGGCGAUAACGUCAAUGUGUUUACAAGAGGAACCAACAGCUCGUCCUUUGAUAAGCGAUGUAAUGGUUGCGCUUAGCUUCCUUUCAAUGUCUACAGAGGGUGUCCCAGCCGCGGUUCCUGCUGCAUCCUUUAGAGACAAGAGUAUGUCCAUUGCUUUGAGCAGACACGGUUCUUGUUCUGUGGUUCCCUUUUCACUUCCUCGGAAGGAGGAAGAUGAUGACGCAUCUAGUGUUUCAUCAGAAUCAGAAUCAGAAUCAGAAGAUGAAGAUGAAGGUGAAGAUGAAGAAGAAGAAUCAAGAAGUGUGAAGAAGCAAGAGGAGGAAACAAACGGAAAUGAUUCAGAUGAUGAGUCUGAUUCAGACUCAGAGAAAGGUCAAGAAGAAGAGGAGGAACGUUCUCAGUUGGAGAAAGCUGCUUCUAGCAGUUCAUCUGACUCUGCUGGAAGCGAGAGGGGGAGAAUGUCUACUGGGGAAACUAAUGCAACUGCUCAGAGCUUGAAGAUAAAGUAUGGUUAUAGCUCCGAAGAGGAAGAUAACGAGAGGCUGAGCAGUUGUAAAUCAAAUGAGGAAAGCUUGCUUUCUUUGCGGAUUGAUAGCGAAAAGAAUCACGAUGAUGAUUCGUCUAAGAACACAAGCAUGCGGAUCAAUAGUAGUCUUGCUCAUGAUGAUGAUGAUGAUGAGGAGGAGGAAGAGAAUCAUGAAACUCGGCUUGAGCAUAUUCAUAGCUCAAAAUCUGAAGUCCAGAGUGUUUAUUCAGACGAUGAUACAUGCGAGGGAAGUGGUGACUCGUCUUUGCGUCGAACCGAACCAGAGGAGGAAGAGGACCAUGAUUCUUCUGAUCAAGAUUGAAUAUUUUCAAGAGUUUUUUUUUCUCAUAAGUUGAUUAACAAAGUCAUGAUUGAACACAUUUGCAACACGAUCAAAAAUGUUUCAUCUUCUCUUCUUUUAAAACAACCAAGUUGUCGCAUAAAUCUAACAUACAUUUGUCUGCAUUCAAACAUAAUAUAACAUACUGCAUUCAAAGAUAUUGAUUGCACAAGAUACACACUGCAGGAACCUGUAACCCCCAUCUUCUCA